AUGGCCGCUGUAAAGAAAAAGCUCCUCAUCAAAACCAUCUCCGUCGACAUUGGCUGUGGCAGUUGCCGUAAGUCCAAAUCCAUCAUCUCACAGAUCUUCCGCCCCAAGCCCAAAUCCCCAACCUCCUACUCCGACCGCCGCCUGUUCCGUUCACUAUCCAGCUCGUCGGAGAAGAAGCUGAGCGAUUCCGACAUGGCCUACGCCCCUGAAGUCGUGGGCGGAGGCGGCUUCUGGAAAAUCGGGGGGGUGAGCGUGGCGGUGGAGAAGGAUUCCAACGAUCCGUAUGUAGAUUUCCGGCAGUCGAUGCUGCAGAUGAUUUUGGAGAACGAAAUUUACACACAGGAGGGGCUUCGGGAGCUUCUAAGCUGUUUUCUUCAUCUAAAUUCACCUUGCAACCAUGGGAUUAUAAUUCGAGCAUUUGCGGAGAUCUGGGAUGGCGUGUUCUGUGCCAGAUCGGCGGCGCCUGCUAAACAGAGACGCCAUGUACGGUCACGCGCCUUCUAA